AUGCUAUCUUUACAACUAGCCCAUAGACUUGAGAAUCGUCAUGUUUUAUUAAUUGGUGCGGGAGAUGUUGCCGUUACAAGAAUACCAAAAUUAUUACCUACAGGUUGUAAAUUAACAAUCAUAUCACCAAGUUUCCAUAACAAAAUACGAGAAACGUUUCCCCCAGAAUGGUCAAAUAAUAUUCCCCUGGGUCAAACCAUUACAAAUGCUAAUUGGGAUAGUCAGUUACAACAAGCUUAUCGAGUAGUAAAUGAUACUUAUAAACAAGAGUAUUUUUCAUUAGAAUCUGCAUGGUCUUUAAUAUUAGUAUGCAUCAGUGAUCAUGCAGUCUCAAGACAAAUAUAUGAAGAUGCGAUAAGCAGAUAUGGAUGUGGACAAAUGAUUAAUGUUGCAGAUGUUCCGCCAUUAUGUAAUUUCUAUUUUGGUGCAAAUGCUACGUUAGCACAGGGUAAGUUACAAGUACUAGUCUCUACAAAUGGAUUAAGUCCACGUUUUAGUGCAAUAUUACGAGAUGAUAUCGAGCAGAGAUACAAUGAACAAGAUGGACAACUUGAUUUAGCCAUUGAGAAACUGGGACAAUUGAGAUCCAGAGUUCGUACCAUUGCUUGUAAUCCACAAGAUGUGGCAUUUCGUAUGAAUUGGGUUAAAGUAAUUACAGAUAGAUUCGGCCUGCCUUAUUGUCAUACUAUGGAUGUAGAUAAGUUGACUCAUUUAUUCACACAGAUGUACCGCGACGCAACAUUACAAACAGACACACCAGUCAUACUCACAGACAACGACUUCCCAACCCGUGACCAGAUAUUGCAAGACUAUUCCCAGUAA